UAAUGCACAGUUAUGUGCGCAUGACAGAACCACGAAGAGGGCUAUAUUUUGUGGUACACAUUUCCUGUUUCCUAGCAACGAGCAGGAAGUAUGUGAAAUGGGAUGGAAGUAAAAAAAUCAAAACAAGACUUUGUGCACUGAUGUUGUACCUGCAUCCAUUCUACCACAGAAAGUACAUUUAAUAGUCAAUGGAGUGGUACUAAAUUGAUCCCAUUCUUGUGCAGUCUUCCUAUUUGGACUGUACAAUGAAUGUAAGCUCUUGUGAUAUGGAGGUGCCGGGAAUCUGAUGUAUUUCCCCCACAAUUAUCUAGCUCAAAUAUUUACAGUACUAUCCUGUAAUGGCUAUGCAAGAGCUUGGCAGGACUAAAGGCUUCCCUUGCAAACACUGUGGCAUAGUGUGCUCCAACAUGCCAAGCCUUCUGGAACACAUGGAUAGUCACUACCAGCAAGAAGAUGAUCGCAAGUUCAGAUGCGAUGAAUGUGGCCGAUGCUACAGGCAUGCAGGUAGCUUGGCUAACCACAAGAAAACACACAAGUUGGGUUCUUUUCAUUGUCCAAUAUGUGCUAGGAAGCUCUCAAACACUCUGGCCCUGAAGAGCCAUCUGCGCAUCCACACAUCACAGAAGAAGUACUCCUGCAUGGACUGUGGGAAGGCCUUUAGGCUAUCUACUCAGCUGGCCACCCAUCAAAAGGUCCAUCUCUCUGGGCAAUCAAAGAGGAGAGCCGGUUGGGCCACUGCAGAAUAUUCUCCAAUUGAGAAUAGGGAUGAAAUUGAAGAUAAUGAUGACUUUGAAAAGCUGUCGAUCUUGGUGGCUGACCAGCAAGACACGGGGAUGGAUAUUGUGUCUGAUAAUAACCUUAGCCAAGAGGACGCAGAGGUUAUUCCCAACUCGGCAAAUUAUUGUGACAACCUGGGCUUUGAAGCAGGGGAUCGACCUUUCAAAUGUGGUCAGUGCGAAAAGUCAUAUAGACACCAUGGAAGCCUGAUCAAUCAUAAGAAGUCUCACCAGGUAGUGCACUCAAACAUCCCUAUCUGUUUCAAGCAGUUAAAUAAUCUUGCUGCCCUCCAUAGUCACCAGAGAACCCACAAAAAGUCCAAAAGUGGGCCAGACACCCAUUCCUUGGAAGUCACUUACGCAGGCAGAGCACCAGAGCAGUUUUCACACCUGAACAGGGAUGCUCCAGUGCAUUUUUGUCAGCUGUGCCAAGUGAUGUUUCCUAAUGAUGAUGAGUUCCAGGAACACAUCCAAAAGCAUAAUUCUUCCUCCAUGUCCUUUGGGCACGAUCAAGGUUUAUCUGAGGAUCAUCAUGACUCUUAUGACCUUAGUGUCACUCCUUCUCCUGACUCAAACUUUUAUUCACCACCUCUAAACAAUACUCCAUUGAUGAAUCAUCAAGGGGAGCAGAUCAAUGAUGUUCAAAUAUACUCUGACCACUCCAGUAACAAAUCCACCUCGAAUACUCAGGGAGAGCUCCUAAUCUUGGAUCCAGAGAUUCCUGCUGACGAUCUAAGUAAAGCAGAAAAGUCCUCAGUUACAGAAAACGGUGAGCGCCGCUUCAAGUGCCAGGUCUGUGGCAAAAGCUACCGGCAUGCCGGGAGUCUCAUCAACCAUAAGCGUUCUCAUCAGACAGGUAUUUACCAGUGUUCCAUCUGCCGCAAGACUUACCCACACAUGGCUGCCCUCCGCAGCCAUGUCCGCAUCCACAGGGCCCAUCCGUCCUCCUUUAGCCUGGGCUCUGAAGGAGACUGGCUCUCUUCUGAGCCCCUAACACUGGAGAACCAGCAGGCCUGCUUUUCCUCUCAGGAGGGAGAUGCUAGCAAUAUGAUGACUCUCGCUCAGGAGAACACAAGUGAACACUGCAUUGCAGGAUCAUGCCAUGUGCAGUUUGACUCCGCCUUUCCCCAGGACAGAACAGUGCACCUACCUCACAACGAACGCCAGAUGGAGAGUCACAUGUGUGCAGACUGUGGCGAAACAUUUGCAGACAUCGCAGGAAUCAAAUUGCACAUAUGCCCCCUGCUACAACCGCAGCACGAGGCCAUGUCAAAUGACUAUGACAGUAACUUAACCUUCUUGGACACUAAUGGCCGAUGCACCAUGGGAAAUCCAGGAGAUCAUGUAGAGUUCCAGGGACUGAAUGGCAGCCCUAGACAAAGGUACUGUGGUGAACAUGACUUCUAUGAAGGCUUGAACGGGGAGCAGUUAAAUGGUGAUGGCAAAGAGGAGGAUGAAAAGGAUGAUGACGGUGAGCUCUAUCAGUGCUCAGCAUGUGGGAACCGCUACACAAGCAUGAGGGCUCUGAGGAGUCAUCUUCGUGGCCACACUCAAUCCCAUGGUACUCUUACAAGCUCCGGCCCCUCCAAGUCCCGCCUAGAGGCUGAAAAAGAAGAGGACCCUGGAAAUAGACAUCAGAUGGAUGGGGGUCUGAUGAUCUGCAGUACUUGCGGAGAGAGUUUUGCCAAGAAGCAGGACAUGCUUUCCCAUCAGCUCAUACACAAUAAAGCACAGGCAGAUGAUGCUAAACACAUGCCUAUGGACAAUAGUAAUGGAACUAGGCACAAAGAGGAGGCGGACAGCCGCAUCUAUGGAGAUUGUGAUAUAUUUUGCACCAGUUACCAUCAUCCUGAGACCCAUCAAUGUACAACAAAUGGGAAAAGUGUAUCUGUAAACGGUGUUGAAAAAAAUGAAAUGGGUGGCUCUGUCAACGGUAAAGAAUUAGGACACCUGAAAGAGAAUUUAAACAAUGGGGAUUGCCAGUACAAGUGUGAUCAGUGUGGAAGAGCAUACAGACAUGCUGGCUCCCUUCUCAACCAUAAAAAGUCCCACAAAACUGGAGUGUUCCGCUGCAUGGUUUGCCAGAAGCGCUUCUACAAUCUACUGGCUCUUAAGAACCAUCAGAGGACCCACUUUGAUGUUAAGAGACAUACUUGCAAUGAAUGUGGGAAGGCAUUCAAGAUACAGAAGCAACUAUUGAACCACCUAAGAUUUCACAAGGAGAACCAUGCCAAAAUACAGGAGCUCAACAACCAGAUUCAGGCCGUCAUGCAGAUGAAUGGCACGAGGUCAGAGGGAGGAAUGCGCUUGCUUAAUGCACCUGUCAAUCAAGCCACCACCCACAAAAAGGGUGGUGGUAGGCCAACCCCCAACAGAAAGAAUCCCAGUGUGGAGGGGGCUCAGACUCGAGUCAAAUCAGUGGAAGCAGGCGACCCUCGUCCCUACCCCUGUGACCAAUGUGGGCGAACGUAUCGACAUGCAGGAAGUCUGGUCAAUCACAAGAACUCUCACAAGACCGGUGAAUACUACUGCUCUGUUUGUAACAACACCUACUCCAACCAGCUGGCUAUGAAGAACCACCUGCGCAUCCACUUCUCAGUUAAAAAGCACAAUUGUGAAGACUGUGGUAAGGCCUUUAGGGGAAAGAAGCAGUUGUCUAGCCAUAUUUGCGCACAUCUCAGAAAGGAUAUGACAGGAGGGGUCAGGGGAAGAGCUCGCAGACGAGCAAGAAACGUUAAAUGUAAGCAGUGCAGACAGACGUUUAUAUCUGCUGACCAACGGACAGCCCAUACCUGUGGGUCACUGGCAAACUCAUCAGAGGGCAGUGAUGGACAAACGAGUAUGUCCUUGAAAAGGGAGGAGCGACCAUUCACCUGCAUCAUUUGCAAUCGCAGCUACCGCCACGCAGGCAGUCUCCUGAAUCAUAAAAACACUCAUAAGUCUGGCCACUUCAGCUGCACUUUCUGCUCCAAGUCCUUUUCUAACCCCAUGGCGUUACGCAACCACACACGAAUCCACACACAGAAGAAGAAGCAUGUCUGCCUGACCUGCAGGAAGGCGUUUCGGUUGGCCAGUAUCCUUCAAAACCACCAGAAGGUCCACACCAGGGUGGCCAACCACUUCAGCUGCCCAGAAUGUGGCAAGACCUUCCAGGGCAAGUCUGGGCUGAAGAGGCACCGCUGCCGGGGGGGUCAGGAUGACCGCUAUCACAGAGAGAGUGGAGACAAGUGCUUCACGUGUGACCUCUGUGGACGCUCAUACCACCAUGCUGGCUCCCUGCUCAACCAUAAAAAGACGCACUCAGAAAACCUCCACCACUGUACCUUGUGCCUCCAGACUUUCCCUGGCCUCCUCGCCCUCCAGAUCCACUCCCAGAUGAAGCGCCACUGCUGUCCAGACUGUGGCAAGACCUUUUGUCUCAUCUCGCACCUGCAGAACCACAUGGAGGUGCACUCCAAGGGCCGCACCCUGGUCUGCAGCCCCUGCCAUCAGAGCUUCCCCAACCCAGCCAGGUACCAACAACACCAGGAACUGCACCACCGGGCCCAAGGGCAUUAUCAACAACACAACAUGCAAAUGGAGGAUGACCUAAGCUGGGAAUCGGGACUAGACCAAACCAUGGAGCUCCAAGGCAUCCCCAAGCUGGUCCCGGCGUUUGCCCACAUGCACGAUGGCAUGCCCAACCAGCAGGAAAGCAACGAGGUGCCCUGUAUAGGGGAGAAGAGCCACGUGUGUGAGCACUGCGGCCGCACCUACCGCCAUGCAGGUUCCCUCCUCAACCACAAGAACAGUCACAAGACCGGCGCCUUCUUCUGCUCCGUGUGCCAGAAGGAGUUCACCAACCUGAUGGCGCUGAAGAACCACCGGCGCAUCCACACGGAGCCCAAACGCUACCAGUGCCUGGAGUGCGGCAAGGCCUUCCGCGUGUCCACCCAGCUCAUCUGCCACCGGAGGAUCCACACCAAAGAGAAGCCCUUCUCCUGCCUGCUGUGCGAAAAGCGCUUCUCCAGCAAGUCAAACCUGCGCCACCACCAGAAGAUGCACCAGAGUGGUGGCCAGGACUACAAGUCCUCCUUCGGCAUGGAUACUAACAGUUUUAUGGACUUGGACAUGGGCUCUUUUCUCUGAGUCAGGACUCCGUGUCAAAUGCUUAUUAUAUUAUUCUCCCCAUUCACUGGACCCCUAUCGGUAAUUGUAAAGUGGCGUGUUCCACAAAGCCCCAGUAGAGACAGCGUUUCCUCUUGAUGUUGAACUCUUCAAAGCUGCCUCACAAACGUUUCAUUUUUCUGAUUAUGCUUCGGUCAUACACUUUGGGAGAGGUCGAAGGAUUUCUUAUCUCUAGCAGGGAUUGUGGCACUGUUAAACUUCCCAGAUGGGCACAGGCGACAGUGUCUGUCAAAUCUUUCUAAGAUUAUUUUCGCAUGGAGUGCACAUUGUCAUUGAAUCGUUUAACGCUAUAGGAGUGAGAACUAUUGGACCUCCUUCCAUACUGACUGUAUCAAUGGCCUCACAAGGUAGACAGUCCAAUUUCCCAACCAAAGUGAACCGAUGUAACAGAACUGUUUCAGCCCAGUUCCUGCAUUUGAGAUUGAUUUAUACAAUGACUCAUAUUUUUACGAGAAAAGUGCUGUUCUGAAAUUGUCAUUUCCUCUCGCUAUCUAUUACUGUGUUCAGUGCCUCCGUCGGUUCAAUUCUCUGCCCAGCUUAUCAAAAGUGAGGGCUGUUCUCAAUAUUUUGCCAUAGGUUAGAGAAAAGUGAUCAAUUUGACCAUUUCUGAUGUGGCGUCAAUAAGCAUGACCUCCUAGACUUACCCAGAGGAUGAUAUCAAAGGUAUUUACUGAAAUCAUGUAAUCAAGUUGUUUUAGUGAUGGUGAUAUUUGGGUACACCCUUUGGGUGAUAUAUGUAUGCUAAAUGGGCAUAUUUGAUUAUUUAUUCCUGUUCUUUUGACUUAGUUUCAAUUUUUCUGUGUGUACUUUGAUAUAUCAUUUUCUAUGAAUGUUACCUUGACUCUUAAGAAAUAUCCUAUGUAGCAUUUAAGGGAAUUCCUCAAUCUGUAAUUCCAUUCUCAAUUGGUGCGACUCCGACACAGGUAGGAAUGCAUUAGCCAAGGACAGUGGGCUUGCCAGCACUGUGGUUUUGCCACAUUAAAAUGUCUGAUGUGCAAAGCAUUGUAGAUAAUUAUCCA